AUGACCACCGAGGCCCUAGAGCUGCAUUCACAUGAUCCAGCUACAUGGCGCAUUUUCUGGAACCUCAUGGAGAAGGGUAAGUGCGCCCAAGCCGUCAAGGUGGCCGAUGACGGCUCGACUAUGGAGCGAGCCGCAUUAAAUCUGUACCAUGCGACUGCUCGUACAAAAACCCGAGCUCCUGCGCAGACAUGUCAAUGUUGA